UCCUAAUGAUCUUGACUUGCCCCUGUCUCUGGCCCCCCCCCCCACUUGUCUCCUUGGGAGUGCAGAGGCCCAUGAACAGCUCUCUCAGCCUGGAAUCUCCACAGAGCCUGCUGUCCUCAUGGUCAGGAACCAGUCUGUCACUCUGGACAUCUGCAGAGCCUUAGGUGUCCUGACUGGGCAGCUGGUGGCUGCUGCUUAGGCUGGCAGGGUAAUCUUUUAUUCCAUGUUGAGAGGCCUAAAUGGUUUCGUAAGUGAUGCUUCCCUAUUUAGAGGUGGUGCUCACGUCUCUUUUGUGUCCUACUUCUUGAAUUAGCCCCAUCCCUGCAGGGAUUUAAGAGACAGGGUGGGUCAUAGGAAGAGCACCUUUUGGUCAACCAGACUUGAGUUUUUGGUCCUUUCUGGGCCAUUAACUAGACUUGUAUCCCUUCUUCCUUGGGCUUUCAGCAUCUACAUUUAUAAAACUAUAGUAUUAAGACACUUUCUGAGAUUUCCCCAGACCUUAGCAGGCUUUGUCAUUUAAGAGGGAAUUCAGUCAGUAGGAUGAUGGCUGAGUUGUCAAAAAGGCUGUAUUUCAGCGCCUCUCUUCAUUUGUAUAAAAUUCAGAGGUCUCCCGAGCCAGAGGAGUAAAGUGCAUGAGAGACACAGGCUGGGUAGGCUCAGGAAGGCUUUCCUUCCCUUUGACCCUGGCCCCGCCCAAUCUCGGGGAGAGAGGUUUUACACUAUUGGUGUGACACUGUGCAUGUAGCUGGAAGUCUUCCGCUGAUCUGGCCUGCUUUGUGCUAAAGCGGGAUCCUUUUAGCUUUGGUUGAAGACAGAACUGGUUUGGUUUGGUUUGUGCUAUCCUUUCCAGCCAUGUGGGCUACUCACCUCAACUUCAUUUAUUCACCAAUAAAAUGAUAAUCAAAUCUGCUUUAUUUUUUUUUUUUUUAUCAAGACCAUGUCUAUACGUGGUGUCUUCCUUUCCCUUCCCCUUUGUUUAUGGUUUUAUUCCUUCCCUUUGAUUAGAAGAAAAAUGCAUUCACAAAUACCAAGAUAUAACAGCUUUAUGGUAAUGAAGGGAACAUGAUUCAUCAGAGCCUGUGAUUAGGAAUCCUGCUUCCUUCCUUAUGAAAAAACAGAACUGGCUCUUAAUAUACUCAGCCAGUCAGAUGCUCUUAUUCCCUAAGUCUGUUGUCACAGAAUCUGUGUCACAAAAUCUUUUCUAAAAAUUCCAUUUACCUAGAUCGAGUAUAAUCAGACAAAAUAUACAGUGUUUUCUGUUGUAUUUUACUUCACCUUGCUUGACUAGUUAGGUUUUUUUUCUCUGACUCUGGGUUCUCUACCUCUGGUUUGCUUCUUCAGCUCACAGGAUCCCAGUCCCUGAAGACAAAGAACAUCCCCCCAAACCCCUGAGUCCACUCACAGCCUUUGCUGUCAGUCCUGGUGCUGUACCCAGACCAGGGCAACUGCCAUCUGCUUUCUGUUCCCGUGGACUCGUUUGCCAGUUCUAGGAUUUCAUCAAAACGGAAUCACACGCAAUGGAAGAGUUAAUAGUUGAACUUCGCCUCUUUCUCGAACUCCUGGACCAUGAAUACCUAACCUCAACUGUCAGGGAGAAAAAGGCAGUGAUAACCAACAUUCUGCUGAGGAUACAGUCCUCCAAAGGUUUUGAAGUGAAAGAUCAUGCUCAGAAGCAAGAAACUACUGGCAGCCUGCCAGCCCCUCCUCAGAUGCCUCUGCCGGAGAUCCCUCAGCCCUGGCUGCCUCCUGACAGUGGGCCUCCACCAUUACCAACGUCCUCCCUCCCAGAAGGUUAUUACGAAGAAGCUGUGCCCCUGAGCCCUGGAAAAGCUCCGGAGUACAUCACGUCAAAUUAUGACUCAGAUGCCAUGAGUAGCUCUUAUGAGUCAUAUGACGAAGAGGAGGAAGAUGGAAAGGGGAAGAAAACUCGGCACCAGUGGCCCUCGGAGGAGGCCUCCAUGGACCUGGUGAAGGACGCCAAGAUCUGUGCCUUCCUGCUGCGGAAGAAGCGCUUCGGCCAGUGGACCAAGCUGCUCUGCGUCAUCAAGGACAGCAAACUACUGUGCUAUAAAAGUUCCAAGGACCAGCAGCCUCAGAUGGAACUGCCUCUCCAAGGCUGUAACAUUACAUAUAUUCCGAAAGACAGCAAAAAGAAGAAGCACGAGUUGAAAAUUACCCAGCAAGGCACAGACCCACUUGUUCUUGCAGUCCAGAGCAAGGAGCAGGCUGAACAGUGGCUGAAGGUGAUCAAAGAAGCCUACAGCGGCUGUAGUGGACCCGUGGAUUCAGAAUGCCCUCCUCCGCCGAGCUCCCCAGUGCACAAGGCAGAACUAGAGAAGAAACUGUCUUCAGAGAGACCCAGCUCAGAUGGGGAGGGUGUUAUAGAAAACGGAAUUACUAUGUGUAAUGGAAAAGAACAAGUGAAGAGGAAGAAAAGUUCCAAAUCAGAGACCAAGGGAACCGUAUCUAAAGUCACUGGGAAAAAAAUCACCAAGAUUAUUGGUCUGGGAAAGAAAAAGCCAUCCACAGACGAGCAGACCUCCUCGGCCGAGGAGGACGUUCCCACUUGUGGCCAUCUGAACGUGCUCUCCAACAACCGCUGGCGGGAGCGCUGGUGCAGAGUGAAGGACAACAAGCUUGUUCUCCACAAGGACCGGACGGACCUGAAGACCCACAUUGUUUCCAUCCCUCUCCGAGGCUGUGAGGUGAUCCCAGGCUUGGACUCCAAACACCCCCUGACGUUCCGGCUGCUUCGCAAUGGCCAGGAGGUUGCAGUGUUGGAGGCAUCUUCCUCUGAAGACAUGGGCAGGUGGAUUGGGAUCUUACUGGCUGAGACAGGGUCAUCCACAGACCCAGGAGCUCUGCACUAUGACUACAUAGAUGUGGAGAUGUCUGCAAAUGUCAUCCAGACAGCCAAGCAGACCUUCUGCUUCAUGAACAGGCGUGUCAUAUCUACCAACCCAUACCUAGGGGGCACCGCCAAUGGCUACGCCCACCCCAGCGGGACAGCACUGCAUUACGACGACGUCCCCUGUAUCAAUGGCUCGUGGGAACCAGAAGAUGGCUUUCCUGCUUCCUGUAGCAGAGGCUUGGGAGAAGAGGUGCUUUAUGAUAAUGCAGGCCUGUACGAUAACUUGCCGUCUCCGAAAAUCUUUGCCCGCUACUCUCCUGCUGACAGGAAGGCUUCUAGGCUGUCUGCUGACAAGCUGUGCUCUAACCAUUACAAACACCCUGCCUCUGCUCCGCCUGUUACUAACACCUCUUCUGUGGGGAGGGCGUCUCUCGGGCCCAGCUCCCAGUUGAAGGGUAAAAAGCCCCCAGUGGCAACUAACGGGGUCACAGGGAAAGGGAAGACUCCAAGCGGACAGCUAAAAAAAGCAGACUCAGCAGCCGGCAUGAAACGGACAGCCUCGAAUGCUGACCAGUACAAGUAUGGCAAGAACCGGGUAGAAGCAGAUGCGAAGAGGCUACAGACCAAAGAAGAAGAGCUGCUGAAGAGGAAAGAAGCCCUGCGGAAUAGACUGGCCCAGCUCCGGAAAGAGAGGAAAGACCUGAGAGCCGCCAUCGAAGUGAACGCUGGCAGGAAGACCCAGGUGGUGCUGGAGGACAAGUUGAAGAGGCUGGAGGAGGAGUGUCGGCAGAAGGAGUCGGAGCGCGUCAACCUGGAGCUGGAGCUGACGGAGGUCAAGGAGAGCCUGAAGAAGGCGCUGGCGGGUGGGGUCACCCUGGGGCUGGCCAUCGAGCCCAAGUCGGGGACGUCAAGUCCACAGUCCCCAGUGUUUCGGCAUCGGACUCUGGAGAACUCGCCCAUCUCCAGCUGUGACACGAGUGACGCAGAGGGCCCCGUGCCCGUGAACAGCGCAGCGGUCCUGAAGCGGAGCCAGCCAGCCCCAGGCAGCUCCCCCUGCCGUGGGCACGUGCUGCGCAAGGCCAAGGAAUGGGAGUUGAAGAAUGGGACCUAAGGACAGGCACGGCUGCCCGAGCCUCAGUCAGGGACUGCUCGGCCCUCACCCGGCAUCCCCACCCGUGCGGCCACAGGAAGCUCUGGCAGCGUGACGAGUUCUGAGACCAGCACCCCGACCCGGCUCACGUGUCUUCUUGCUACUGUAUAUUGGUGCCCUUUAAAAAAUGUACUCGUGAGACUUGGUUCCAACGUUGUUAAAAACAAGAACAGAAAGAGAUGAAAAGGUAUUGUAAAAGACCUGUGUCAGGCGGAGAAGUUGCAUCUUUCUAAUCUGUUACAUGAUUGCUUUAACCAGUUUCGACCCGGUCCCAGCUGAAGACAGACGGAUCGUGAGCCCAGAUGAAACCCGGGAGCCAUGGCAGAUCGUGGACCCCGGAUGCUCUGGGUGUGAGUGUGCCGGCGCGUGGCGCUGAGCACGCCUGCACGCCUGCCAGGAGGCCGGGUCACUAGCCCUCCCCCUCCUCACUGGAGGUGAAGACUGUGCUGUCAAGCAUUUUUUACCCUUUAAUUUUUUUUUUUGAUUUUUUUUUGUGGACAGAUGCUUUUGUCACCAGGAGGUGAAAAGCUGCCAUUCUUUUAAACCUGUUUUUAAAGAAUGUCUCUUUGUACUGUGUAUCGCACUUAGAUCUAAGGAUUUUCCAGAGAUUUUGUAUCGCAUUAAUUAUUUGUGCUGCUUUUGAAAGGCAGCGGGGUGUCUGUAAUACUUCACUGAUGCGCCCUGCGCCCCGCCUCGGCCACCGCAGGGCGGCAGGUGCUCCCGAGCCCCGGGCAGCCGGCGGCGGCGAGGAGAGGCUUGGCUCGUGGUCUGUUUCCAGGGCAUUUCCUGGGAUGGGAGCAGUCCUUUGAAAAGCAAGCAAGUUCUGGAACUUGUUCAGUUGUAGAACGAUGCCAUCGUGGAGCAGGAAAUGGGCCUUUGUGGGCUUUUCACCCCUCCCUGCCCCCUCUCUCCAGUUUAUAAAUUAAGCCAUGAGCGGGUCGGUGGGCUCAGCUACUGUUCCUUCCUGAGCACAGCAGCCUGGGCGGGCCUUGUUGGUGGCUAUCUUGCUCACCUUCUGUGCAAUAUUUCUGGAGAGUUCAGAUGCCUGAGGCAUAGAGAGAGAGUUCACAGCUGGUUUCUAUCCCGUAGGUCUAAGAAUCAGACUAACAUCUUGGUCUCCAGAGGGCACUCCUGUAGGGAAGGUGCAGCCACUGAUGGGAGAGUAAAAGUCUGUGUGCCCAGAACCCCUCUGCAGACUGAGCCACGGGGACCUGUCACAGUGUGUGUGACUGUAGGACUAUAGUGAUGCUGCUCCUGCUGCAAACCUUUCAUCCACCAUCUAGAAUGUUCUUCUUAUCAAAUAUAGGAAGAGGUGGCAGAAAAACACAGCCUCCCCAAGUCCUCCCCGGAGCACAGCCUGGGGCCAGCCCUGUCGCCGCAGCCUGUACAGGUUGGAUUACUGUGUAAUGUCAUGGUGCUCGAGCCCUGCAAGAGCCGUAUUUGAUUUCACUUGCUAGAGCAGGAAAGUCGUCACCAGCGUGUAUGAAAGUUUUAUAGCAAGAUCUGGAAGCUACAUAGCUUGAGUCCACCUGAAACUUGAAUUUAUUGCAAAGCCAUCUGCCGAGAGCAUUUCUGGUUCAUGAGCUAUCAACUGGUGUCCUCACUCUGCUGCCCCUUCCUUCCCAAUCACCCGCGACGCUCAUCACACGGCAGUGAGUGCGUCCGCUUCCCCUGGGGAACUCCAGCGGGCGGGCGGGGAGGGCAGAGGCUUCCCAGACGCAUCGGCCUGUGCCCAGGACGGCCAGGAGGAGCCCCUUCCUCAGUGGGGAUUUUCUUUUCAUCAUAGGAAGCUGUAACCACUUCGUAUCAUAUGAAACUAAUUUUCUAAAAAGGGGAAAAAGUUUGGUCUACCAUAGAUUUUUACUGCCCUCAGGUCAAAUAAAGUUUUCCAAAUUAAGGUUCCUGGCCAUUCAGAUUGGCAGCCUUCUUUGCCCAAGAGAGCUGUGCCAGGUGCUGAUUGUUAUUGAAAGAAGGGAAACAAUGACCAGCCUGAAUUCUUGGUCUUGGCCCAGCAGAGGUGGGCAUCAGAGACUGGUAGGGGAAACAUCGGCGUAGCGUUAAGCGUAGCACGUGACGCUCAGCCAUCACCUGCCUGGCAUCACCACUUUGCAGAUGGAGGCCCUGCAGCUCGGGGAGUGUCUUGCCCAAGGACACAGGUGGUUGAUGCCAGACUCCCAGCAUAUGUAGUUUUAAAAACCCAGGUUUGUAAAUCACUUUCACAGCCAUGAGCCUUUGAAGAGGACAGCAAAAUUAAGUGACACUUCAUGUUCCAUGAACUGUUGUUAUUGGGUCCUAUGGGAGGUGAGGCCCUGACAUCGGGCUCCUUGGUGUCCUAUGUUCCUCUCGACAUUUCCAGAUUUGAUCAGAAAGUUAAAGCAUUUGCUUCAAAAUAAGUUAUUUAUUUGUAUAUGAUCAAUAAAUAUAGUUUUUAAUUUAUAUCUGUACAUAUUAGACACACACGAGACAUCUUGUCAGAAUUCUGACAGUGAUGUCAUUUCAUCACCCUCCCAAAGUGUGCCCCAGGAAUGAGCUCUCCAUGCUCCGGAGCAGCUGUGAGUGCGGCUGUCUUACUCUGCAAGGGAGCCAGGCUGGGGGAGGCGCACUCGCUCCUGGUGUGAGGGUGCAGGCUGCCCCGGAGAAGUCAGAUUUCUUUGCAACGUCACCUGUUACUUUAGCAGACAGUCAUGCCCACAGAGUGCUGGCACGCUGUGCUAGGAUGCUGACCAGAUCGUCAGGAACCUGGCGGCUGCACAGCUGGGGCUGGGUGGAGGACAGGUCAGUGAGCGGGCAGACCUCUGUGGGUCCCAGAGCCCUUCUGUUGUAACCUUGAGCCACAGUGUCCUUCCUCAGGGUCCUGCUUCCGGCCGUAUUUUCGUAAGGUGUCAUCAACCUUCAAAAUCCCUUCCUUUUUAUAUUUGUGUAAUGUUUUUAAUUCACUAACCAACCUUUUUCAUAGAAACAACUCUGAUGGUUAAAGGGCUCACUUUGGUCCCCCCUUGGGCACAGGUGUGGACCGUCACGUUCCCUCUGGCCAGAUUCUGUGGGGGCUCAGGCAGGAUGGCCCGGUCUGCUCCAGAGGAGCCGGCAGCAUCACUGCUGGGUAAACCUCGAGGGACUGCCGGGUCACCCCAGACACCUGGUCCCAGAUAGGGCCAGACUGCCCCACGAGGGGUGUGGGCCCCUGGCUACAGAGCCCUUCUCUUGGGACUGACCAGUGGGUGCUCACCAGCCACACAGUAAAACCUGUCUCAUCCCCUCUGUGCCUACGCCUUGGUGUUGCCAGGCCUGAUCUCCCCUUUAUUCAUCUUGUCCCCGAGUUAUUUUUGGCUGUUUCCAAAUAGCCAAACUACUCUGAUAUGAUGGAGAUUUGUCACUUUUUUGAAAAGUCUAUUUCAAAAAUCAUAUGUCUUCAGCUCCGGAGGCCACCUCUGGGAAAGAGUCGCACAUUCGCUGUCGUUGUGGCCGAAAUUUGGAGGUUGUCCUUUGUUUCCAAAGGACAGCUUUGAAGCUAGGGUUUGGGGUAGGAGCUGUGGGCAAAAUUCAUCUGUUUAUGGUCACAUCUUACCUUUCCAGGAAAGACAAUUGACUCUGCUAACCCACUCUUAGGGGGAAUGUAAGCUCUGCCCACAGACCUUGCUCCCCAGGCAAUAUUCCCCAUCUAUGCAUCUAACUCAUGUCCUUAGAGACCUCCCAGGGACGGGCAGGCCUCCCACCCCCACCCAGAGAAAAGGGAUGCGGCUUCAUCUGCAGCUGGCACCUGUGCCUCAUGCAGUCACAGGGGCCGACACCCUGAGCUCACAGGUGCGCCCUGCAGCCAAGCGGGUGUUGAUCCUUAUAAAUAGCCUUUCCCAGGGGCACGGCACAGAAGUUUCUAUGGCAUCAGCAUCGGCAGACAAGAUGCUCAUCAAUUUAUAUAAAGGUCAUAGCAACAUUUAAAUGUUAAAUUCCUGCCUUCCUCUUUUCUCUUUCUAAAAUAAUAAUGGGAACAACAAUUUCAAAUUCAUGACAUAGUUUUAAAGAGGGUAGUCUUUUCAUUCCUGUUGUUAUUAAUACUUUCUUCUUAUCCCCGUAGUGGCCCGGGUUCAUACUGUGAAAAAACUAAAAAUAAAUAAAGUAAAACUUCCAUGCCAUCAAUGCACCUGGCACAGACAGCAUUGUGGGAAAAGCAAAACCACCUCUGUUGGUGGCACCCAAGCCGCAGCAGGACAACUUGCCAUUUGUAAAGGAAGGAAAACUUUACCCCUAGGACAUUUUUGGCUUCAGAGGCAUCCUGUUGCUCAUAUUCAGAAGUAGUUCCAGCUAUGGUCUUCCAGAGAGCUCAGCACUGCUGUGUGCAGGUGUAUCAGGUAUUUUGAGUUGUAGCCAUGGGAGUGAUUCUUGAAAUGGGAUUUUCAGAUCAUAAUUCUUAGGGACCAAAGGUGUUUUUAAUAAGGUAAUCUUUCUAUUUGACUUUCUAAUGAGAAAGGAAAAUAUUGACUUUAAAUUUUAACAUCAACUUUUAAAUUAUAGAUAUUCAGAAUUGACCAUGGCUAUAAGUUGUAAAAUGUUUUCAUAUUAAGAAUGUAAUUAUUUCCUUAUUGUAUUUUUUAAAAACUAAAGUCAUAUUUAAAAUUCUCUUUGAAAGAAACAGUCCAAGAAACAGGAAGAUUUUUUAAAUUAAAUAUGUUGUUAGUGCCCAUUUUAAAUGACUGUAAAUAUAUUUUCACUGUGUUUCUCAAUGUAUUUAAUUCAUAAAGUUAAAAUUUUAUGAAAAGAAACAUACAAUGAAAAUACUAGUUUUCAGUCUACUUAUCCCAUUUUGUAGUUGCUUCUCUUGAAUUUUCUGCCUCCCUGAUCUUUUCUACUGUUUUCCAUGGUGUAACCUAUAGACUGGCGCCCUUCGGCGUGACCCAUCUGUGUAUUAAUAAACCGAACUCUUCCAGUGAC